AAUGCUACUCAUUUACAAUUCACUCAGCAGAGUGACUCAUCGGAAGUAGAGUGCGAUCAGAGCACCGACAUUAGUACUGAUGUAUCGCAAAUUGUUGAUAAUAACGCUGUAUUUGAUGGCAUCGCAGCAGCGCAGAAACAAAUUGAAGCUGUGCAGAAACCACUUGCUCAGUUUAAAAUUCCAUGUGGCGAACAUCCUGAUAGUUUGAUCACGGAGGCAUUGCUAACAGGCAAUCUAGAAGCUGCUGUAGAACUAUGCAUUGAAUCUAAGCGUACAACGGAAGCACUCAUUAUAGCCUCUUCAGCUGGUAUUGAAUUUCUGACAAAAAUACAAAACCGUUUGUUGCGAGAACAGAACACUGAACUUUCCAACGUAAUUUUGGCUUUAGUAACACGAGACUGGGUCGAUCUUGUUUCACGCUGUACAGUCGAUUCAUGGAAAGAAGUACUUAUAGCUGCAUUAAAACAUAGUGAACGAAAGGCUCUUGAUAUAUGUGAACGAUUAGGCGAUCGCCUAUUAAACGAAUGCUCGACAUCAAUUGAAUAUACCCAAACAGCUAUGUUAUGCUUUGUAUGUGCUGGUAACAUCGAUAAGUUUGUUACCGCAUGGUAUCAGCUAAAACACUUGGAAAAAGAAAACACAAGUUAUAAACCAAAUACAACAGAACUGCAAGAAUUAGCUGAAGUAGUAAUGUUGAUGAGCAAAUCAUUAGAAAGACAGGGCAUAGCUUUAGAUUUGAACGGUCGGUUUGCAGAUUUCAUCUCAGAAUAUGGUGGGUUACUGGCUUCUCAAGGUGCACUCACAGCUGCUUUGGCAUAUAUCGUAGCAUUAGGAAAUAGUGAUCAUCCUGACGUAUAUGAUUUACGCGAACGCCUUCAUAAUAUAGUGCAUAGUAAGCCAACUAUGGCAUUACCAACACAAGGAUAUAAUCAAAUUCAACAACCGCAAACAAAUGUGUAUGGUCGACAACAGCAACAACGUGGCUCAUUUUCUCAGCCAAGCACCACUCACAAUUAUGGAAAUGCACCAAUUGCAAACAAUUUAUUACAAAAUCAGUAUGCAACAAAUACAUGGCAAACACCAGCAGUUGUACCGCAAAUGCCUGCAGCACCCGUGUUUAACCCUAUGCCAACAGUAAAUCCGGCGGUACCGCCUGGAGUAGCCAAACCAGCAACAGUACAACAUGAAGCGCCAUUAGCACAGCCUGCAAGACCAUCCAGUAAUGCCAGUUCGCAGGGCGGUAACAGUAACACUGCCGGUGGUAUAUUAUCACGUUCGAAAUAUGUGCUAGAUCCAUCAGUAGCAGCUCCAAUGGGUAGUUAUGGCAAUACAUACAAUCCCGCACCACCAGUUAUGCCCAUGCAAACACCUUACAAUAAUAAUGCUUUCAAUGCCAAUCCCAUUUCUGCAGCACAUGCACCUCUACAACAACAGCCUACUGUUAUGCAACCCAGUUCAUAUACAAACACACCUUAUGGUAAUGCUUACAUGCCUGGUGCAGCGCCUAUUGAAAAUCAACAAGUAGCGCCACCACCAAUGCAGAAUAUUCAAAGAAAUCCUACUCCACCACCAGGCUGGAAUGAUCCUCCAGCUUUGAAAACAACACGAGCGACCUAUAUCACAAGUAAUAAAGAGAUGCACGCAAAACAUGCCGGCACACGCAAAUGGCAAAAAAUAAUUGAUCAAGAAAAGGAUAAAGGCGUUUGUAUAAAUUCUAGCAAUUCCUUGAAUUAUAAUAACGCCUUUUCGCCGAAUUAUUUUAGUCCUCUUUUUCAAGAAACGUUCUUAUAUCAGGCAAAAAAAGUUGAAACAAAUACUACGGCUUCGCCUAUCACACAUCCAUUGUUUGGUGUUGAUCCUAAUCAAAAUCAAAAUGGUUAUAUGGAUCCUAAUGCAGGAUAUCAGAAUAAUGCAAUGUCUGGUAUGCCACCUCCAAUUCCGACAGGGAAUAUGGGAGGUUAUUUAAAUCCCGCUGCGAAUGCAACCAUACAACAAAAUAAUAAUCCUAUUGGAAAUCGACCAUAUCCACAACAAACGAAUUUUGCACCAACUGGUGUGCCAACACAACCACAAACUUGGAAUACACAAACACAAAAUGUAGGAUACAUAGAGCAACCAGCACCCAUACAAAGGCAGCCAGAGCCUCCAAAAGAAAAGCCACCACUACCAGAAGAAUACAUAUACUUACAAACUGUAUUAGAAGAACUGAAAAAUCAAUGUUUGACAGCGGCAUCUGAUCCUCGUAUGAAAAGAAAAUUUGUUGAUGUUGUUAAACGAUUAGAAAAUCUUUAUGAUUGUUUAAGGGAGAGCAGGCUCAACCCGAUAACGAUAACAGCACUGAAUGAAAUAGUACAGUACAUACAAGUAGGUGACUAUGGAAAUGCUUUACAAACUCAUACUCAGAUAGCGUUUGGAUCAGAUUUUUCACAAUGUGCCGGCUUUAUGCCAGGCCUUAAAGUGCUCAUACAAUCAGCUUCCGAAUUACAAAUUUAUCUACGAUAAAAAGUUAUUCAAUUUAUAUGGAUACUUAUUAUGGAAUAAUAUCCUUAUUAACCAUUUAUGAUUAUGUUCAUUGUAGUAGUUUUAUUUUUUGUCUUAUUGUAUUUUAUUUUUAUUACAACUAAUUCCAUUUA